CCACCACGAGAUCAUUAUGAAUUCUCUCGCCAAAGUCAUCCUGUCAACAGCUAGGAAAGGAAACUUGACCAAGAUCGGCCUUGGAAGAACACUCGCUAGAAGCAUGUCUUCCGAAGGGCUGUCAAAAUAUAAUUUUGAGUCACUUGCUGUGACAAAUCCCCAAGAGUUCAUAUACAAGGUUGAGGUGAACAGACCAGAAAAACGUAAUGCAAUGAACAGAGCAUUUUGGAGGGAGAUGGUAGAAUGUUUUAAUACUAUUGCAACUGACCAAGAUUGCAGAGUAGUACUACUAACUGGUUCGGGCAAGACAUUUUCUGCUGGUAUUGAUCUGCAAGAUAAUGCAGAAUUGAUGCAGGGUGCUGUUCCCGGAUCAUCUGAGCUUGAUGUUGCACGAAUCGCUAAUAAGAUCAGACUAAAAGUCAAGGAAUACCAAGAGUCUUUCUUUGUGAUUGAGAAGUGUCCUAAGCCAGUAAUUGCAGCUGUUCAAGGAGGAUGUUUAGGAGGAGGACUCUGUAUGAUCUCUGGUUGUGAUAUCAGGAUUUGUACUGAAGAUGCCUGGUUUCAAAUAAAGGAAACAGACCUUGGUCUAGCUGCUGAUGUAGGUGUACUUCAGUGGUUACCACCGAAAACAGGUAAUGACAGUCUACUCAGGGAGCUCUGUUUUACAGCAAGGAAAUUUGAUUCAAAAGAGGCCAAGGAAAUAGGUCUAGUCAGUCGACUGUACCCAGAUAAAGAAGCUAUGGUGGCUGGUGCUAUGGAGCUAGCUGCAAUUAUCGCCAGCAAGAGUCCAGUAGCCGUCCAGGGUACUAAAGUUCAUCUGAAUUACAGCAGGGAUCAUAGUGUAGCAGAUAGCUUUGAAUAUGCAGCAACUUGGAACUCUGCCCAUUUACAGAGUGAAGACCUUGUAAAGGCAGUGAUGGCAAGCAUGGCAAAAUCAAAGCCAGAGUUUUCAAAGCUUUGAGAUUAUCAAUCUGAUCAUGAAUCAGAAAGGAGGAUAACAAAGAUGUCAACACCAUUUCCACAACUCUAUUAUGAUUCAUGUAAUUGCCACGAAAACCAGAAAGAUGAUACAUGGUCGUGGGCUGUGGACGUUUCAUUAUAAAAUUGUUAUGACAAGAUUUUCAUGUUAAUCAAUUUGCAGUGAGAAAGGCUGGGAAGUAUGAAAGAUGAAAAUUUGAUACCGGGCUAUGUAUAGUGUAAGAUGUUGAUCUUAUUAAAUCGGCAAGAAUGCAAACCCAAAGAGAUCAUCACUGCAUUUUAAGACAUGGGUUUUAUAUCAUUUGCAGUUGAAAAAAAAUAGAUAAGAUGUGAUGUUUUUAUUCAUUCAAUGAACUUCAGUGUAUUCAUACAGGGUCAUAUCUUUGACGUAUAUUGAAUAUGUGCCCAAAGACACUAAAUUUGCUAUUUCAGCAGAAGAUCUGCUUUGAGCCCAUUUUCACAAUAUCUCCCUUUUUCCUACUAGAAUUCUAAUUUUAAAUUUAGCUGUAUUUCUCCUGGCCUGGCCAAAGAGAUCUGCCCCAUUUUAAAAAUCUUUUUUUGUUGUUGAUCAAAGAUAGAAAGCUGUUAUAGCCCUAAUGGUGGCCUCUUGUCACAGGAAAGUUUAUGCUUUACGGUUUUGGUGAUGUGAUCUGAGGACACAUUAAGCCAGUCUUUUGCUUGCUACAGGUGUCUUGGUGGAAGAAUCAGCUGCUUGAGAGGUGCUUGGAGGUGGAGUCUCUAUGUGCCCUUCCACUGAAAAAAGGACCAACAAGUCAUAAUUGUGACUUCAAUGUACAGAGCUUAAAUAGCAGAAUGGGUUGGCAAUAUAUCAUGAUUUUAUUGUACAUUUUGUUAUUUUCUGAAAUAAUUUAUUGUUUUAUAAUUUGAUGUUCAUAUAAUUCAAUAUGGUCUUAUUUUAUGUUUUUUUUUAUAUGAGAUAAGGUACGAGGUAGAAACCCCUGAAUAUCCAUAUGCAUGAUAAGAAAAUUUUGCAUUAAGCUUUAUAUUACAGACUCAAUGGAUCAUGUUUUGAAUAAGUGUAUGGUGGGUAAGAAUGUCUAAUGCAACUCCAUGCUGCAGGUAAUCUGGUCCCACUCAUGAAGACUCCUUUUUUUUUCUUUUAUAAUUACAAAUUGUCAAGCGUUGCCUUUUUCCAACCCAUUCAUAUUAAGCAAAAACAAAACAAACAAUUUUUUGCUUGAGGGAUUAACAUCAUGUUUUAGAAUUUGAUUCUAGCAAAACUAACAUAUUCAGCUUUGAUUCAUUUGGUGAUUCCAAGGUUAUUCUAAAUUUGACUACCCUUCACUUCAGCAGUCUAUACUCAGAGUUGUGUGAGUUUUCUCAAAGAGUGGAUGUGUAAUUUGCCAACCCAAGUUAUUAUGAAUAAGGCACUGGAAAUAUCUGCAAUGAAGGAACAUUCCUAGAACAUAGCUAACAAGUUGUCCCAUCAUAUACAUUCUUUGGGCUACUAAAGAGCAUCACCAGGCAUAAGAAAGAGAGAUAAUGACUUCACCAUGUGAGGUGAUAAACGGGAUAUACCAAAUAUAGGCUAAUCAUUAUGGCCCAUAUUCUCAAAAGAGGUUUCAAUUGUACCAUGGUACAAAACCAUGGACUAUGCAGAUUUUUAAAAACAAUUACACUUAUUUCAUCACGUACAAGAAGAUAAAUCCAAUUAAAUGCGCGCUUUUGGCAAAGUGCGCUAAAAAUGAAGUGUGUUAAUAAAAUAAAUCUGCAUAGUCCCUGGUUUUGUACCAUGGUACAAUUGAAACCUCUUUUGAGAAUACGCACCUUUAAGCUAGAAUCUACUCUGGGUGAUGGACAUUACCUGCUACUAGCUGGGCAAAGACCUGAAUGAUAUAAAAUUCCUAUCAAAGCUGAUGAGUCUGCAACUAUAAUGUUUAGUAAAUGUCAUCUUUUAUGUUUCAUUUGUCAGUAGUAAUAACAUUUUAGGAACCAAAUGGCACAAAUAGAAGUGAACAAAAAUGGUUACCUCAUACAGGCUAAAUAAAUGAAGAUUGAAUUUAUGCAAUCUUUCCGUAUUGCCUCUUCGUCCUUAACUUGAUUGUUGUAAAUAAAAGAAUGAUAUAACUCAUAAAAUGAGUUGUUAAUAUGAAGGAAAAAAAUCACAGGAGUGACCUGUCUGAAAGAUGAUCAUGAAAGCAUGUUCCUUUGCCAUUGUUAAACUUUCAAUUGCUGUACAUAUUUUAUAUUGUCUUGAGCAAAUAUAUUAAAGAAUUGUAAUUGCAUACAUAUCUUCUAAUAAAUUUAUAUCCUAGUCUGCUA